GUGAGCUGGUGGUGUUUUGAUAUUCUAAACUACUAUCUACAAAGUUUGUUAACGAAUCGAUAUACGAGGUCGUUUCUGUCUUGUUUUCAUCGAGUACAGCACGGUUUGUCUGUUUAAUGACUUAAACACUUAACAGCUGGCAACACGCAGUCAGAAGUUUGAUGAAGUUCCUCCCACAACAGUCACUCAUUCAGUCAAGCUCCUCAACCCUGCAGAAUGAACUUCACUGAAGAACAAAAAGAGUCGCUUGAAGAAAAUAAGGAGAAUAAACAAUUGAGCGAAAAUGAGGAGAUAAAUAAUUCCACAACUAGACAAAAACCUUUAAGUUGCUCUCAAACCAAAAAGAAAGAUUUAAAGAAAGGAAGAGCCAAUAAAUCUUUCGCCUGCACUCAGUGUAGAAAGUGUUUCUCAAGCAAAUCUAGUCUUGAUAUUCACAUGAGAGUUCACACUGGAGAGAAACCAUUCAGUUGUGAUCAGUGCGGAAAGUGUUUCACACAAUCACCAAGCCUUAAGAGACACAUGAAGAUCCACACUGGAGAGAAACCUUACAAGUGUUUACACUGUGACAAGAGAUUCAGUCGGUCAGAAAACCUGAAAACGCACAAGAGGAUCCACACUGGAGAGAAACCGUACACAUGCGAUCAGUGUGGGAAGAAUUUUGCACAAAGUGGACACCUUACAGAGCAUAUGAACAUCCACCCUGUAGAAAAACGUUACAAGUGUUCGCACUGUGACAAGAGAUUUAAUCGGUCAGGAUUCCUGAAAAAACAUAAGAUGAUUCACACUGGAGAGAAACCGUACAAGUGUUCACACUGCAACAAGAGAUUUAAUCGGUCAGCAAAUCUGAAAGCACAUAAGACUAUCCACACUGAUGAGAAACCAUACACUUGUGAUCAGUGUGGGAAAAGAUUUGCACAAAAAGGACACCUCAAGGUACAUAUGAGAGUUCAUUUUGGAGAGAAGCUGUUCACUUGUGAUCAAUGUGGCAAGAGUUUCAAACAGUCAUCAUAUCUUAAAGGACACAUGAACAUCCACACUGGAGAGAAAUUGUAUGCGUGUGAUCAGUGUGGAAAAACAUUUCUGUGGGCUUCAUACCUGAAGAAACACCUGAGUGUUCAUCGAAAGGAGAAGCCAUAUUCAUGUUCUUUAUGCGAGAGGAGUUUUUCACGUCUAGCAAAUUUAAAAGAACAUCAGAAAACACAUACUGGUGUGAGAGAGUACAUGUGCUUUGAGUGUGUAAAGACUUUUACUUCAGCAAAGUGUUUAAAACAGCAUGAGAGGAUUCAUACUGGAGAAAAACCUUAUGAGUGUUCACACUGUGACAAAAGAUUCAGUUAUCGAGAAAAUCUUAAAACACACGAAAGGAUCCACACUGGAGAGAAACCUUAUAAGUGUUCACACUGUGACAAGAGAUUCAUUCAGUCAAUACAUUUGAAAAGGCACGAGAUGAUUCACACUGGAGAGAAACCGUAUCACUGCACUGCAUGUGGGAAGUGUUUCAGUCGUUUAUCUUCUCUAAACAGUCACACUAAAAACGUUCACAGUAACUAAAUCAUCUUCAGAUCUGAUGCUGUGUCCCCACCAAGUCUGCCAUAAUAAUGUGUCAAGCAAUAAAAUAUAAUUUAAAACAAAA